AUGAAAAAAGGCAUCCCAUUCAUAUGGGAUGAGGCAUGCAAGAACGCAUUUGAGAGUAUCAAGUCAUACUUGAUGAAGCCGCCUGUGUUAACUGCUCCUGUUCACGGUCGCCCGCUGAUCCUUUAUAUCUCCGCCCAGGAUUGUUCUGUAGGCGCCUUGCUUGCUCAGGAAAACGACAAGGGGAAGGAGAAUGCUCUCUACUAUCUUAGUAGAAUGAUGACCCUGAACGAGUUAAAGUACUCCCCAAUUGAAAAGCUAUGUUUGGCACUUGUGUUCGCCAUCAAAAAACUUAAGCACUACUUCGAGGCUCAUACAAUCCGGCUUGUUUCCAAAGCGAACCCGGUGAAGUAUGUUAUGGCGAAGGUCGUGCUCUCUGACCGCCUUGCAAGGUGGUACUUAUUGUUCCAACAAUUUGAAAUCAUCUAUGUGCCGCAGAAGUCUGUCAAGGGGCAAGCCUUAGCCGAUUUCUUAGCAGACCAUCCAAUACCUGCUGAAUGGGAGUUGUCUGACGAUUUGCCUGAUGAAGAUGUGCUUGUCAUUGAAGUCCUACCCCCAUGGAAAAUGUACUUUGAUGGAGCUUCACAUAGAGAAGGGGCAGGUGCUGGAGUUGUCUUCGUCACUCCAGAAGGCGAGGUGUUGCCAUAUUCAUUCACCUUGACCGAGCAAUGUUCAAACAACGUUGCUGAGUAUCAAGCAUUGAUACUUGGGCUCGAGAUAGCGGCUGACAUGAAGCAACUGAGAAUUAACAUUUAUGGAGAUUCAAAGUUGAUCAUAAACCAAGUGUUGGGUCUAUAUGAAGUGAAAAAGGCGGAGUUAGUCCCAUAUAACAACUAUGCAAAGAUACUCAUGCAAUGGUUAGGGGACGUCACAAUUGAACAUGUACCGAGGAAAGAAAACAAGCAAGCUGACGCCUUAGCCGCAUUGGCUUCAACUAUUGCUCAUCCUGCAGCCCGAAUACAAGUAUGUCAAAGGUGGGUGGUUCCACCAAUCUUUAAUGAAGACGGCUCAGUUGAUGAAACUGUUGAACUCCCUACUGCCUCAGUGUAUGAUAUAGGCAAAGACGACUGGAGGCAACCAUUAAUUGACUACCUCACUGAUGGAAAGUUACCUGAAGAUCCCCGUAAAAGGGUGGAUAUAAAACGUCGAACUCCUCGCUUCAUCUACUAUAAAGAAACAUUGUAUCGUCGUUCCUUUGAUGGAAUAUUUCUCCGAUGUCUAGGGGAAGAGGAAGCUUUACAAGCUAUGCAAGAAGCUCAUUCUGGGGUUUGCGGUGCACAUCAAUCCGGUCCCAAGUUGCAUUUCCACAUUAAGCGAAUGGGAUAUUAUUGGCCUACAAUGGUAAAGGAUUGCAUAGACUAUGCUCGAAGGUGCCAAGCUUGUCAAUAUCAUGCAAACUUUAUUCAUCAGCCACCAGAACCUCUACACCCAACAGUUGCAUCUUGGCCAUUUGAUGCUUGGGGACUUGAUGUGGUUGGCCCAAUUACGCCUAAGUCAUCUGCAGGGCAUGCCUACAUAUUAGCUGCCACCGAUUACUUUUCAAAGUGGGCGGAAGCCGUGGCAUUGAAGGAGGUGAAGAAAGAAAAUGUUGCAGACUUUCUCCGUGUCCACAUCGUCUAUCGAUUUGGUAUCCCGCGAUAUAUCUUAACAGAUAACGGGAAGCCAUUUGACAACAAGUUGAUGGACAAGAUCUGCAAGCUUUUUGACUUUAAGCAGCGAAACUCAUCAGCUUACUAUGCAGCUGCAAAUGGGCUUGCUGAAGCUUUUAACAAAACCCUAUGCAAUUUGUUGAAGAAAGUGGUCUCAAAAUCGAAAAGGGACUGGCAUGACAGAAUGGAAGAAGCUUUGUGGGCGUAUAGAACCACAUAUCGCACACCUACUCAAAGCACUCCAUAUUCUUUGGUGUAUGGUGUGGAAGCGGUCUUGCCUCUAGAGCGCCAAAUACCUUCCUUAAGGUUGGCUAUACAGGAGGGUCUUACUGACGAAGAGAAUGCUAAGCUACGCUUGGCUGAGUUAGAAGCCUUGGAUGAAAAACGUCUGCAAGCGCAAGAAAGCUUGGAGUGCUAUCAAGCUCGUAUGUCUAGAGCUUUUAACAAAAGGGUAAGGACCCGUUCCUUUCAAAUUGGGGACAAGGUCCUAGCUGUUCGCAGGCCCAUCAUUGUCACGAGAAAAACAGGCCACAAGUUCACUUCAAGGUGGGAUGGUCCCUACGUGAUUCUAGAAGUUUACACCAGUGGGGCUUACAAGCUGAUUAGUGAAGAUGGUUUGAAGAUCGGUCCAAUCAAUGGAAGAACUCAAGAUGGCACCACCGAGACGUCGUGCAAGGACUUCAGAAACGCCUACCAACGAACAGCUAGCUUGAAACCUGCAUCAGCUGACUCGGGUUACUCAAACGCUGAGCAACGCCCUCCUCAACAACAAUCACCAACAGUAUGGGAACCGGGACGUAGCACACCAAGUGUCGGGUCACUGUCCCCUAGUCUUCGCCGGGGAAGAGGAUCCUACAGUGUUAAAAGAGUGGAUCCGAACGUUCGACAAGAUCUUCAAGACUCUGCCAGACUCAACUCUGAGGCUAGGAAAGCCUUGACUGUGUCGAAGCCUAAGAUUCUCAACAAGGCCUAUCUCUGUGCAGCCAACCUCUAUCGUGUGCAGCAAGUUCAGAAAGGAAUCCGGGAUAACCGAAAAAUGAGUUUUGAAAGAAGUGAUGCACCUGUGGUUAGGAGUUUGAUCGUUACCGGUACUGAAUCAGCAAGGAGUUUCCAAAGAAAUGACCUUAAUGGUGGUAAGACUCCCCAACCCACCCGAAGCAACAAGACUAAGGGAAGGCACUACGUUUGCAAGAAGUGUGGAAGUGACCACCCCGGCUUGGAUUGCCAUAGGAAGCCGGCAGUGUGCUUUGCUUGUGGCAAGAAGGGUCAUCGGUCCUUUGAGUGCAUGGUUAAGGAGAAGACAUCAUCAAAGUCAAAUCCAACUGGUAGUGUGAGAUCCCAGCCGGGAAAUAAGUUUCGAAUUUGA